AUGUCUCAACCUAAAGCCAUUUUUGGCGCUGCACUUCUUGGAAUGAGCUUCAACGAUGUAAACGCUGUUGACGAUGUCCUAGACACGCUGUCGAGAUACGGAGCAAAUCAUAUUGAUACUGCGCCACGAUACCCGCCAUUUGAGCGUGGUACAUCUGAAAGAUUGCUAGGAAAUGCUAAUGCAGAAGCUAAGGGAUUUUCGAUCGAUAGCAAGGUCCUAGCUACUCCAGGUGGUGCCGGUGAACUGGAACCCGAAAAUGUGAAAAUCUCAAUUUCCGAUACUCUGGCUAGGCUCAAAUCUACUCAAGUGAGUCUUUCUCUUUCUAGCAAUAUCGUCUCGGCUUUUAAACACAAUCAAAAGUCACUACCGAUGGCUUGGAUUUCCCGUGCUGAGCAAUCUAAUGCAAAAACAGCUAGACGUUUUCUACUGUCAUAAGUUUGAUCCAAAAACACCACUUGAAGAGCAGACUGCAGGUCUAGACCAAUGCUUCAAAGCGGGGAUGUUCAAAAAGGUAUUGCAGCCCGCUUCGAGUGACUAAGGCUUCGUUAACGGAUUCAAGUUGGGUGUAGUAGGGUUCCAGCCAGACCAGCUGCAAGACUUUCUAGAGGUAGCCAGAAUCAACAAUCGUAUUAGACCCACUGUCUAUCAGGGGGAGUAUAACAACCUUACACGCGGAAUGGAGGAAAAGAUUCUUCCCCUGUUGCGAGCUCAAGGCAUCAGUUAUUACGCUCACUGCCCACUUGCGGCAGGCUUUCUUACUGGUAACUUUACGCAUGGAAAAUACGCUGGAACGCGAUACGCUACCGACCACCCGUUACACCAUGUCUUUCACGAGCGUUAUGAUAAUGAAGCGUUACAUCAAGCGCUUCUGGAGAUAGAGAAUGCGGGGGUGGAACACGGCAUUCCUGUGCAUGAGGUUGCAUUGAGGUGGAUAUUUCAUCACUCUUCUCUGGAGAAGGAGGAUGGCGUUAUCACCGGAUGCACAAAUUUGCAGCAGAUCAAGGAAAAUGGAGAACUCAUUCGGCGAGGCCCAUUACCAGAAGAUGUGGUGGAAAUAGUGGGUAAAGUUUGGAGGUCGCUCAAAGCAGAAAGAGGAGAACUGUUGUGA